AUGUCGGUCAACUUCAACGUGUUGAGAUACUCUCUCUUUGGCGCUGGUAUCGUCUACGGUGCCGUGCACAGAUACAACAUUGAAUCGGCCGAAGCCAGAGAACAAGCCGCCGCUGAAUGGAAGAAGGAAGAAAAGUUGAUUGCCGAAGCCAAGGCUAAGUGGGCCAAGUUGCACCCUCCCAAGGCUGCCCAAUCGUCGUCGAAGGGCUCAAUCAACUGGGAAGACCCCAACCUCGACUUCGGUGCCGCUAUUGAAUCGUUGGUGGCCAAGUUGGACUAA